CAAGUUCAAGUUUCGUUCUCUUCUCUCCGAAAAGUAGCAACGCAAAUUCAUCAUCACAACUAUGCGGAAAUUCGCCCUGCCAAUCGUUAUUUUUCUUCUAGCAGUAAUUGAAUAUCAAUGCGCUCGAGCUUGCGAAACAGAUGAAAUGCGAAGAGGAUGCAGAAUUUCCGAAGGUCAAUGUUCUUGCGGCUUUGGAUGCAAGUCUGAAUUCAGAUACGAAGAUAUGGGUAGCUGCAAACUCGCUCUAAGGGGAGAACGACAUAAUGCCUGCUUUCAUAGCUCGAGGUGCUUGCAUGAUGGAAUCUGCAUUCAAAUAUCUUCAAAACCUGGUUAUAGAUGCAGCUGCGCAGGAACACGAUUUUUCGGAGUUCAUUGCGAUAAACCAUGUCCUAAAGUAGUAGACCCACAAGAUCCUCUUCAAGACGUGUGCGUUGUUAUAUGAAAACCAAAGAACUCAAACGCUCAGAAAAAAUUGGUGUUGAAUAAUAUUAUGACAUAAACUUGCUAGACGUGAAAAUGUUGUACAUAAUAAAUUAAAUAAAGAACGAAUGAAUAAUCCA